AUCAUCAUCCAUGGCGAUGGAGCCCUUUCUCGACCCUGUCCCUCCGGGUUUCGUCUUCAAACCUAAUGGCCCAUUGUUGAUAUGCUGGUACCUCCUCAACAAAGUACUCGGUCAACCCUUACCCUGCUACGCCAUCAAAGAGCGCGUAGAUAUCUACACCCCCACCCCGAUCACCUCCCAAUUGAUAGUGUGAGUAUGGACGAGAAGUGGGCGUACUUCUUUGUGUUUAGGACACUGGGGGACGAGGAUCGGAGCACGCCGUACGGUUACUGGGGUUUGAUCAAUUACGAUGUGGAGUACGAGGACGAGAAGGUGGGGGACAUCGUCGCGUUCAGGCGAUCGUUCGCAUUCUACGAGGGGACUGCGCACAACAGCGAGCUUAUGGAGUGGAGAAUGAUGGAGUAUAGGCUCGACAAUGAGAUUGGCAAGUUCACGAAUCCAAACAAUCCCGAGGUGAUAUGCAUUCUAACUGUUUGAUUCAAGGUUCAGUAGAGUAACUGAAUUUGGUUUCGCUCUGUUUAAGUACUGCAUGAUUCUUUGAUGAUUAAUUCAAUUUUUGAGAAAUUUGGGGAACAUUAUAAAAAAAUAUAAUUCAUGCCAAAUUUGUAAGUUGCAUUGAACUGUUUGAGUUUCUCCAGCAUUUUAGCAACGAGGUAAUAUAUAUGUUUCUAUUG